GCUCUUGGCCGAAAUUUAGGGCUCUUGGAGAUAGCUCCUCGAUGAAGGUGAAGAAGGAGGCCGGCGCGAAGAAGAGCGAUGCCACGGCUGCGAAGAAGGGAUCGGCAGCGACCAAGGCGGCGGUGAAGAAGGAGAAGGAAUCCAAGGCGGUGAAGAAGAAGGAGGAUUUGGAUGAAGAAGCGGCGCCGGCGGAGCCUGCUGUGGAGGCCGUGGUGGUGUCCAAGACUGUGACAAAGAAGGCUGCUCCAAAUGAGAAAGAGGUGAGCGAAAUGGUGGGGAGAGUUAGCGCCAAGCAAGAGCACGAGAAUGGAGUGGAAAAGACGCUGGUGGUGCAAGAACAAGUCGAGAACCAGGACAAGGAGGUGGUAGAGCCGGGGACUGGGAAAGUUGUGAAGAAAAGAAUCGUGAAGAAGAAAACAGUGGUGAGGGAGAAAAAGGUUUUCGAUCUUCCGGGACAAAAGUAUGAGAUUCCAGAGGAGAGAGAUCCCUUGAGAAUUUUUUACGAGAGCACUCGUGAGCAAAUUCCUACCAGUGAGAUGGCUGAGAUCUGGUUGAUGGAGCACGGGCUACUCCCCGAGGACGAAGCAAAGGCCGCUUUUGACAAGCGAAAUCAACAAAAGAAGUCCAAGCAGCCAUCGACUCCUGUGAAAGGUGCCUCGACGUCAACUCCAGUGAAAGGUGCUGCUGCUAAAACGAAUGGAAGCUCCUCCAAGAAGCCCGCGGCUGCUGCGUCGAAAUCUAAGCCCAAGGACAAGGAGCCUCCUCCAAAGUCGAAAGCGAAGGCCAAGGCAAAGAAGAGCGAAGAGGAGGAGUCCGAGGAAGACGAUGAAGACAACGCUCCUGUUGCUUCGAGAGGUGCGAAAGCCAAAGCCAAGGCCAAGAAGGAAGAAGAGUCCGACGACGACGAUGCUCCUAUUGCUUCGAGAAUGUCGAGAACCAAGUCCAAGGCAAAGACGAGCGAAGAAGAAUCAGAGGAAGACGAUGAAGACAACGCUCCGAUUGCCUCGAGAGCUGCGAAAACCAAGGCUACGAAGAAGAGCGAAGAGGAAGAAGAGUCGGAAGACGAUGAUGAAGACAACGCUCCUAUUGCUUCAAGAAUGGCGAAGACAAAGGCCAAGUCGAAGCGCGGAGAGGAAUCCGAGGACGAAGAAGACAAAGAUUUUGUUGCCAAGCCCAAGAAGAGGCUGAGAACUUAGAGGGCGAGGAAGGACGAAACUGUGAGAACUUCUUACAUCAAUAUGAACUUUACUUUGUA